GUAAACAAACCAGACCGAGGAGUUGACGCCGAGAAGCUCACGAGACCUCUCGUUGAGUGCUGGACGGCUCGUGCAGGGUGCAUGUCUGUCUGAGCUCGCGCUGUAGCUUGUUGUAUGCGUUUAUGAGCAGGCGUCGCGCGCUCCUGGAGUGACGUGUCUUUGGUUCAGCACUGUAAGGUUGGUAUGUGCGUGCUGCAGCUCUGACAAAUACAGCGCUUCUCUUCAUUUCAGCAUCUUUACAAAGAAGCAGCGAUGCCGCUCAUGUUUCCAGCUACCUCUCUGCUGCUGUUACUGGCGUAGGAAGCAGCUAAAGGGCAGACAUUAAUCUUGACAUCUUGCUUAGCUGCUGUCUCAGCCUGUCGGACGUACACCGUCAUGAAACAUCUGAGCGGAGUUCGGUCUCCGCACGACAGUUAAUGCCUUUGGGCUAACGCUAGUACCACCGCAGCAUAGCUACACCGGGUUAGCUAGUGAAGCAUGAAGCACGGCACAACCAGCGUUAGCUUGUAGCGUACACGCGCUGGCUCAGCAGAUACGAGACACAUCGUCCCUGAGGUGUUAUCGUUUUGGUUCUUUAAGGAGUGAUGGUACCCGGCACGCCUGAUCUUCACUUCUCCAGUUGAGGCCAGUGAGAAAGCAAACCCUGCAGCAUCAUGGCUGAGGUGUGGGGACAGAGGAGCUUGCUGGGCGUCGGUGUGGUGUUGGCCUGGCUGGUGCUGUUCCACCUGCUGGUCAACAUCUGGCUGCUGUGUGUCUUCACCAGCCUGCUCUUGGUGCUCUGGGGCUGGCUCGGCUCGCAGACUGUUCUUGAGUCCAACAGUGUGAUUCACCUGGAGAGGUUUAUCACCUGGGAGCAAAUUCCAAAGUCUGAGAAGGAUGAAAAUGAUCUGGACCAGGAGAUCCACAACACAGUGAAGAAAAUCAUCAGAGACUUUGUCACCUCCUGGUACUCCACUGUGUCCUCUGAGAGUGCUUUUGAAACAGAGAUUGAAGAAGCCAUGAUCUCCAUGGCCAUGGGGCUGAAACUGCGAGCAAGAACAGCUGACAGGAAGGAACUGACCCAGAGGGUCCUCGAUCUGUUCGGCUGCCAUCUACAGGACUACAUGAAAGCCAAGGAGCUGGUGACCGAGCAGCAGGUGUCUCUGAGAGCAAAUGAGAGCAGCGAGAACGAGCAGCUGUGGAAGGCUUAUUCCAGCAUCAGCAGCCCUCACCUCGCCGUGACCAGCGAAACAGUGGAAGUCAACUAUGUGAGGGCAGUCGCAGACUUGCUGCUGCACGUUUUAGUGCCUUCACCGCACUUGGAAACGCGCACUGGACGGUUUGUGGUUGGAGAGCUGAUAACCUGUAAUGUCCUGCUGCCUCUCGUUGCCAAACUGUCGGACCCUGACUGGUUAAACCUCCUCAUACUUAAAAUAUUUGUCAGCCAACCGCCAGAAACAACAGAAUCACCAAAUUCAUCCCCGCUCCUACCCUCUCCACCUGAUGACCCAGAGGUCGCUCCAGCAUGGCAGGCAGCACAUGUUCCUCAAGAGAACAGCGACGUUCCUGCGCAGAGAGCGGAGGCUGAAAAGAUCAAUCACACAGAGACCGCCACGCCCGCUGCCGAUGAUGUGCCCGACUCCGCGGAGGCGGACUUUCCACAACACAACGCCGAAGAAGAUGAAACUGUUCGACCCUUUUUAAGGCGCUACACAAGAGGAAGCAAGUCAAACCCAUUUUACCAGGAAAACGACUCUGACCCGGAUUCUCCUUUGGCUGAUUUUAAACGCAGUUCCAGCGAUUCUUUGGUCAUGAUCGGACAAGAUGAUGGUCUGGAUGACAGUAGGAAGGAUUGCGCCACAUCUGUCGAGACCAACUACGGGUUGGAUUUGGAGGAUGUUUGCCACAGUCCAGUGGACGGCCAAACCAAAUUCCUGCUGAGCUCAGAAUCGGAGGAGCAGACUAAUGGCUGCGUCCUGCCAUCGCUCAGCACAGCAGAGAGGGACUCCAGUAUCAGCAGGAUUCGUUCCUUGGACAGAGAAGGCAGUUCCCCGUCUAUAAUCGCCACCAGAGGCCUUCUUAUAGGCGCAGAGCAGACUGGGGUAAUGAAUCCUAAUGAGCUGAGUGUUGUCAGUACAUUGCAGUGCUGUUCCUCUGUCCCCACGUUCAGUUUUGAGCCCCUCAGCAGCCCCGAGGGACCCGUCAUCAUCCAAAACCUCCGCAUCACUGGAACCAUCACGGCUAAGGAGCACCGAGGCACCGGCUCGCACCCCUACACACUUUACACCAUCAAAUAUGAGACAGCAAUGGCUUGUGAGAACCCGGCAAGCAUCCAGGCCGGCUUUGAGGAUGCAGAAACUGUACAGACGGGCUGUGAGAAUCCAUCUUCUGCUCAGUCUGUAGCCUAUCACACGGUCAACAGACGCUACAGCGAGUUCCUCAAUCUGCAGACACGACUGGAAGAAAAAACAGAACUGAGGAAACUCAUCAAAGGCGUGAAAGGUCCAAAGAAAAUAUUUCCAGACAUGCCGUUUGGAAACAUGGACAGUGAUAAGAUAGAAGCCAGGAAGGGCCUCCUGGAGACCUUUCUAAAACAACUGUGCGGCAUCCCUGAAAUAGCCAACAGUGAGGAGAUGCAGGAAUUUCUCGCUCUCAAUACAGAUGCCAGGAUCGCCUUUGUCAAGAAACCUUUCAUUGUGUCACGCAUAGACAAGAUUGUGGUGAACGCCAUCGUCGACACCCUGAAGACGGCGUUUCCUCGCUCAGAGCCUCAGAGCCCCACAGAGGAUAAUGAGACUGAGGUGGAUGGAGGCAAAAUAGGUGCCGAUAAGAAGACCAGAUCUCGUCUGAAGUUCUCCAGUAAAAACGUUCCCUGUAUGAAUGGCUCAGACGUGAGACCUCCAGUUCUGUUCAGUAUGGAGGAGGCCAGCACAAUGUUUAAUGGGAUGUCUCUGGGAUAUUUGCAAGACUUUAUCAAUGAACAGGAGAAACAGACCAUGAAGGAUGAGACAGAGAGAGGGACCUGUGCAGGAUUAAGAGAAUUUGGAGGCCAUCUGGAUCACAGGAAGAGUCGGGAACGCGGUCUCGGCUUUGGAUCUGAGAUGGCGCUGGCUGAGGUGGCUCUGAACAUCCUGUGUUUACUGAUGAAGCAGCAGUGGAGCUGGCUGUGCAUGGAAAACAUUCAGAAGACCAUCAGACUUGUGUUUGGGACCCUUAUUAACAGAUGGCUCGAUGUGAGUGUGUCCAACCUCACAUGUACCAGGUACUGGGUGGUGUACCUGCAGGUCAUCCAGGAGGCUGUGUGGCCCGGUGGAGCUUUGCCAACUGCCCCGGUGUUUGAACGCAGCCAGCAGCAAAAGGAUGACACCAAACAACAAGCUUUACGCUGUCUGAUGAGACUCGUACCAGAUCUGGUCUCAGAUGUGUUGGGCUCAGAGAAGUACAGACUCAGCUGGCAGACUGCUCUGGACUCUUUUCAGGACCCCCACAUCAACAGACACCUGGUGUACUGCAUAUUUGAUCUGCUGCUGGAGUUCCUGGUUCCUGAAAUACCUGAAGAAAACUUCCAAAGAAGCCUGCUGCAAACGCUCUGCAAGAACCCAGAGAAGCUACUGGCCUGAGGAGACGCAUGUAAACCCACCUUCCAUCAUCUUAGCUCGUCUCAUCUACAACUCCCAGCAGUGUGAGGCUGAUAUCAUGUUCUGCACUGAGAGUGAGGGGCUGAUUUUGGUCACCCUGACUCCGGUCCACUGAGAUCUGUGUCUAAUUAUGUGUUGAUGUAGUGACAUACGAUACGAUGUUCUUGAACAUGGUGUCCUGGACACACACUACAUUUGAAACAGAUGUGAUUACAUGAGAGCACCUGGUGUGUGUUUGAUCUCACGGUGCACUGUUCAGAUCUAAAGAUGUGGUAAAGCCUCCUGCGAUAUCCACUUCCAGCCUCUUCCUGUCUGCUAAACACCCCAGAUUUCAUUAAACUCCCUUCAGAUGGUCUUCACACCCUGCCCUUGUUCCCCUCCACGGUCUUUUGGUAGAAAAGCUUAAGAAGCAGGAUUGCUUCGUCCUUUUCCACUUGAGUCUCACAGCGCUCUCAGAGUCGCUGUAUCAGCUCGUUUCUGACUCAUCCUUCAGUAUCGCUCCGGAUCUGUGCAGAGCCACACAUGUGAUUGUUACGUUACACAUCUGGAUACAAUCUAACCUCUGAGUGAGGUGAAGGGUUGGACAGAUGAUGUUUUACGUCACAGUCCUUUAACAGUCGAUGCCUGCAUAACAUAAGAGGAGUCGGCACAAAGACGGAAGGAAGAAAUGAAGGAUGUAGGAAGUGUCUUGGCCUAGAUCCAUUUUAAUGUCUUGCUUCAGUCUUUGCUUAAUUGCAGAGCUUGAAUUACUAAUUAACCAGUUUUCCUAAAGAGUUGAUACAAUAUUUCAUUACUCACCUUUUCCUUUGAUCUACGUACGCUGAUGACUGAUGAGUUACCGCUGCACUGAGGCAACAGGUCUGCACUUGUUCCCAGCCUGUCAGCAUAAACAGAACAAGCUGUUUGCUGGGUCCAUCGUACUGCUGACAGUUGAUUUUCCAAAAGCAGAAGGUCAGUAAACACUGACUGCUGUGUAUUUAAGGUCAUUCAUUCUCUGGAUGAGGAUGUGCCAGCUGGUAGAUCCCGUCUUUAUGUGUAGGGUGUCCAACGUUGCUACACAGGGUUGAGGGUUGUCCAAAGUUUAAUGUCACCUCGGUGUCUGGUGAGCAUCCUCGCUGUGACUCCUUUAUGUACCGUCACACUGAGCUAUUUCACAAACUGUGCACACGUAGGUUUCCUUCUUUGUAACGACAAACUCUUCAGCUGUGAUCAGCCAGCAGGUGUACGCUCCUCAGGUUGGCUUUAAAGACGUAAAUGGUGUUUUGCUUUGUUCAUCCUGAUCACAACUUAAAACGUAAUAAGUGUGCAGUGUCCUGUUUUUGUAGUAAGUUGUGUCUGGUUUCAAAACGUCUACAUCCACCAAAACUGCAGUCUGAGCAGGUUUAAAGUGUAGAUACAGUUCAUUAUACUCCCUGGAGGUGUAACCGUGUUUAGCAAUGUUCAUCAAAUAACCUGCAGCAGCUCAUCGUGCCUCUCACAUCAGCUGGUUUCCAUCCAUAGUGACACAAGUUCUUUGAGAAGAUCAGUGAAUAAAUGCUGUUUACUGCCAUCAUCUGUCACACAGAUGAUGGACCUGUGGAGGUUUCCUGUGCUGUCUGACUGCAGGUCCAAGUUCUCCAGGCUGUGCUGUCAGAAGCAAGUGAUGACACAGCUGAUUGCACCUCUCAAAGCUCAAACAGAAAGUUGCAGCUCGGUCAUCGUCCACACAGAUGCAGCUAGUUUCGUCUGUCGUGGAACAAAAGUGAUUCUUUGCACUUUGCUGUGUUUUCUGUGGAAUGGGGCUGAAUCAGUUACAGCGACUAAAAACCAAACUGAUCAACGGCAACAGGAAACCCAACUAAUGUUGUGCAGCUCCCCUCCCACCACCGGAACAGCUGUGACUCAUCAGGGAUGUGGGAACUGGACCCGUGGGGGUUUCCUGUGGUGCCUGUGUGCAGGUAUUUGGUGCUGUGGGUGCAGAUGUUCAGUCAGAUCUGUGAAAGGUUGGAAGCUCGGCUCCGUGUUUAGUGUUGUCCUGCUGACAGUGCUUUUGCCAUUAUAGAUUAGCUGCUCUACAUAAUACCCAUAUGGAUGCUGGGAGCCUACAGAACAGCGCACUGUACAAACAUCAUCAGUUUAUAGACUUCAGCAAGUUUCAUUUUUAAUUUUCAGGGACUUUCUAUUGUGCACUCUGAAAAUGUUCAUAAAGACGCUUCUUGAGCUAGUAUAUAUGACCAUGAAGUGAUGCUGGUAACCCUCCCCUGAGAGCUGCAGCACAUGGUCUGCAGUCACUUUGAGCGUAUUGUUGAACGUUCUGGCGCCUUUAACGGGCAGCCUUAGCGUCUCACGAUCACAUAGAAAAUGUUAGAGUUUCUCAGCGCGUCCUUAUGAGCAAUGUUACGGCGCUUCAUUUGUUAUUAGCGUCCCGUCUUAUGUUGAGCACAUCAAAUGUGACUGAAUCUGCACAUUCGCCCUGUUACAAACUGAGAUGUUGUGUUUUGCACUCAUGUCCUUGUAUCAGUCUUGUCUUAACUUCCUGUCUUUCCUUUCUAUGAUAUUAGUGUGUCACUAUUAUUUAUCUGUGCCCAUAAAAUCGAGACAGAUGUGCCAGCGACGGAGACGACAGGCCUCUGCUCUCAAGUGCUUUUAUGUCUCUGUGCUGCCUUACAGUGUGACUGCAGUGGACCCGUGCCUCAGCACAGCCCCCCGUGCUGAAACACUUUACAGUGUCAGACUCUGACUGCUGUGAAGGAUGGACAGCAUAUUAUCUUCCUGCUGUUGCUGCAACCGUGACAAAACUGAUCAGCGUAAUUACAGACUCUUCUUUCUCGUUGUAUAUGCUUUAUCAUGUUUUAUUAUGAUUUUACUAAACCAAUAUGUCCAAUCAAAACAAGCUCAAAUAACAUUAGAUGUUAGCAUGUUAGCCAUUUGUAGGUAGUUAGCAGCUAUUAGUGGUGUAACGUUUACAGCAGCUGGUCCAGCGCAAGAAAAGCGUUUCUCUAAGAAUGAAGACGUGCUGUUCUACGUGGCAGUGAUGGUAGAAUAUCUGACAUUAAACUGAGUACAUGUGCAGAGACGUCCUGAUGUCUGCCAGCUACAGUGUUCCUCUAACCCCUGUAAGCUCUCAGCCAUUCACAGAAAGCAUUCUCUCAAAGCUUACUGCCAGUUUUCUCAAACAAAUGACUACACGCUGUGGGCUUUACAGACAUGAUGGUAAAUGAGACAUUUUUCCCAAUAAUGAAAGGGUUAGGAAACAGGAAGGUCCUAAUAUGGUCAUCUGUGAGCACAGCAGCCAAAUUCCCUGCUUCAGUUCCUGAGGGAAGGUCGGUUUGAAAGGUUUGUUUCAUGCAGAUGAUCUGUGCUGUACCGAGGCCCAGUAUGAGCUAAAUAUGGCUUAUUUUAAACUGUGAAUCAUGCAAAGCUACGCUAAUGGAGUCUGAGAAAUACAACAUGAAGCUGGAAACAAAUAGGCCUGCUUUACUCAGUAGUAGAUGUGAGACAUCAUCUUUGUAUUGCGUUAAUGCCAACAUAUACAGCAAAGAGCCACAUUUUUGAAAACCGCAGACACUAAUGCGUUAUGUUCACCUGUGUGACUGCUCGGUUCCCCUCCUCGCUGUUUGUUGCCCGUCUGCACCAAAACUUGUGACCGUGUGCUUGUGCUGUCUUUGUAAACCUUCACAUUUAAAACAACAAUAAACUGACUGAUUCUGAGCUGUUAAAUCUG